AUGGGAGCUGUCGUCGAUGACGCCUCAUUUGGUGCGCAGCACGCAACACCAAACCGUAGCCACAAUAGAAUGCCCCAGCGGAAACACGAAGACCAGACAUCCGGACCAUUCGAUGGCCAGGAUCGACUUGUUGAGACCACCGCAGUCUAUCAAAGAAGAACUUCCCCAGGGAUCAAUGCAGCGUCGGCGCGACUCUAUUGCGAGCAAGAGAGUCGAAGCAUCGCAAAGAUCUGGGCUGAUCUCGAUAACCCGAUGAACAGCACCAUAGUUGGUGCUUCCAAUGUCAAGUUCACGAGCAGAGUUCGAUACCGGCCCGAACGUGAACCCAUGCUGCUCACCAUUGUUGGCUGUUGCGCAUCAUUGCGGACAGUAAGGAUGGAGCUCAUCUCAAUUCUUCAAGUCGUGGUCUUGAAUUUUCAAAUGGCUUUCUGUGAAGCAUUUUCUACCCCAAAGCUAUCCAGCCUGGAAGAAGGAGCCUCUAAGAAGAGUGAUACCAAAGCUCUGAAUACCGAAGCUCUGACAAAGUACCAGCGUCGAAAGCCCCAAACGGCAGCACACUACUCGCUGGCGCAUAUCACAACGCUCCCAGUCCACCUACGCAUGAGCAGGUAUCUCCCGGCGAUGCUUUCGACAUGCCUGCAACCCAGCCCAGAACCCACGUCUCGAAGCUUCCAAAUGGUUAUACGUAACCAAGUUCGAAAUGGCGGAAAGGAAAGCAGGGAGGCAUUUUCUACCCUUCUUGCCAAGCGAAUGAUACGCCGCUUUGGCCUCCUAGAUGGAUUUUGGAUUGCAUGCGAUACACUAGUCCGCGCUACAAGUAAUGUAGGUGCACCAAGGCUGCAGCUGUCAGCGUGGGCGGAGAUGGAGCAUAUUGUGCAUAGUCGUUCUCAAAUCUCCGGUGAACACCCAAGCUUUUGCGGACACUGCCCCUCUGACCUUCCCGUCCGGCUGCAGGCACACAUGGACCGGACAUAUCAUAGUCAUCUCAGCAUGGAGAAAGUCAGUCAAGGCAGAAGCAUUGCAUCAAAUGGGACGCAAGAUAUCCCGUCCUGUAAUAUGGAGUCUGGACCACCCCUCCUCGGAGCAACGCAUCGAGGUCAGGAUCCGGGAGUGGCACUCUUAGAAUACCUUCCGUCAAAUCUCCGGAACCAAUACGCGGUCGCCAGUGAAGCCAGCCUCGUCGUCGUCAUAAUGAGCAAUCAACGACCUCAAUCGUUCUGCGCAAAGCGGAAAUUGAGCGUGUCCGCUCGCUGCUUUACGAUUUCAUAUGUCUAUGCCUAUGCCGAGACCUUGAGCUCAGGAUUCAAGAGGAAGAACUUGCUCGGCUCUCGCCAACUAGAAUUUCUAGACUUGCUUGCCUUUUGGGAGACUAAGUUCCAUGGUGAGAGCGGUCUUGACUGCGCCAUUGAAGGCAAGUCUAUAAUGCCAUCGUGGGUUCUAGUGCCAUUGGGGAAUAUCCAAGCAAAGUAUCAGAAUCACCUUGGUAUUUUGGAGCGUACCCCAAUAGACAAUGAUUUUGAUCCCGACCGCAGACAUCGUAAUCCCGGUCGUAAAAUCUUUCGGUAUAGCCUUUCUGCAGUCUCCUUGGAACUGAGAAAUUCUCAUAGCAUCCAUCCUGACGACCAGACUUUGGAUUUGGGCAGAAAACCUCUAAGACAACAUCUCAGUGUGACUUCAGACAGGAUUUCUGCAGAUGAGUAUUCACACGAGGAGUCGCCAGAAGAUGAGCAUUAUGCGAUCAUGCGUCGUGGUAUUCGUCCUCCCUUAGGGUUCAUGCGGUCUUCUGGAUUUACCUGUUACAGAGUCCUGAGCUUGAGCUUGAUUUCUUAUGAUGCCCGACAUGUAUCUCGCUCACAUGAACAAUUUGUCGUCUUUCUUACGCCGUUACAUUGCCAUAUGUAUUCCUACUCGCAGCUUUUCCAAUCGUACGCGACGAUUGCGAAGAAUCGAAAGGAAAGUACUCAGAAGCCUUUCAUCCCUGCUCGAAUCAAUCAGCUUCACGACUCCAGAAUCCUGCAGCUAAAGCCUCAUAUGGAAGAGCUUGUCACUUACCAUUGA